AUGAUGAGUACCAGACAUAAAGUACAACAACAACAACAAGUAGUGUCUACUAAAGAAGCAGCAGACACUGCAGACACAGGUUCAUUAUUUUCAUUAAUAAUUAAAUGGAUUAAAUUUAUUGUAAUAUAUUUAUAUAAUAUUAUCCCAAAUUUAUUAUUACCACCACAACCAACAACCACUGUCACAACAACAGACACUAAGACAGACACUAAUAAACAACAACAGACAAAGACAAAAAGAAAGAGAAAGAGUGUUAUUCAGACACAAGACUUAUUUCCAUCUAUUGAACAGCACGUGAUUAGUAAUAAUGAUAAACCACAAUCAAUAAUUAAUAAAGAUAUACCAAAACCAAAAGCAUGUAGUACAGGAUUAACUACAAGAUUAUUACCAUUUAAGAAUGAAAAGGGAGAAAUAGAAUGGGCAUUUACUGAUGAUACUUCUGUUACACCAGGUAAUGAAUUAGAUGCAUUUAAGAUUCAACAACAACCAAUAAAGGAAGAACCACCAAUUGAAUUAUCACCAACUAUUUCUAAUACUUCAAAUGAUUCAACUUUAUCACAAAAGAUGGAACGUCAAGAUACCCUUAAGGAUCAUCAAUCAAGUGUUACCCCUGCUACAACAUUAUUUAGUCCAGAAGAUGAAUCCUCUUUAAUGUUAGAUGAAUCAGAUGAUAAAGAUUCAAUCUCAUCUCAAGAUGAAGGAUCAGAUGGUAACAAAGUUCAUCAAUGUCCUCAUUGUGAUGCUACAUUUAAGAUUAGAGGUUAUUUAACUCGUCAUUUAAAGAAACAUGCUGUUAAUAAAGCUUAUAGUUGUCCAUAUCAUAAGAUCAGUAUUUAUAUUGAUGAAAAUAAUAUCACUCAUAAAUGUCAUCCUAAUGGUGGGUUUUCACGUCGUGAUACUUACAAGACUCAUUUAAAAUCACGUCAUUUUAAAUAUCCAAAGGGAACAAAGACAAAAGAACGUUCAUCAUCAGCUGGUGAAUGUUCAAUGUGUGGUGAACCAUUCCCUAAUGCUGAAAUAUGGUGUGAAUUACAUGUUGAAGGUGGUGAAUGUAAAUACUUACCAACUGGUUUUAAAGGGAAAUCAAGAAUUAAAAAUAGAUUAAGAAAACAAUUGGAAAAGAAUAAAGAAGUUGAUCCUGAAUUAUUACCUUAUGCUUCAAAAGUUUUAGAUGAAGUUAAUAAUAAUAACACGGUUAUUAGUCGUCCAAAUAGUACCAGGAGGAAAUCUUCACAAGAAAGUAAUAAUAUGGAUACUCCAAUAUCUUUAACUAGUGGAGCUACUCCAUUUGAAUCUUCAAUUAAUUCAACUUCUCCUCCAGGUGGAUAUACUCCAAUCUCAUCAACUUCAAGUAAAUCACCUGUCCAUUAUAAUACCAUGAACGCAAACCCAUACGUUACAUAUCCUCACAAACAACAAUUACAACAACAACAUAUUCAUCCACAACCAAGAAGAGAACUACCACCAUCAUUUGAACAAUUCGAUAUCAGACAUUCAACAACAACUAGUAACACAGUUGAUCAUGAGAAUGAUUAUGAUGAUGAAUUUUGUCUUGAUAUUGAUCAAUUGAAUAAUGCCACGUUUAAUAAUUUUAAUGAAGUUGUUAAUUUUGUUAAAUUGAAUAGUAAUAAUCAAUCUCCAGUUGGUGGGGCCAUUCAAUUCCUGAAUUUCCAUCCUGUACAUCAUCAUCAUGCUGUUCAUCAACAAUAUCAACAUCCUCGUCAAUCUCAAGCACAACACCAACAACCUACUCAGGUUAUGUAUCAGUUUUAA